GAAGAACGAAAGUUGAUCUGGAAACUGGACUUUCGUAUCCUCCUUCCUUGUUGCUUGCUGUACUUCAUCGCUUACCUGGAUCGAUCAAAUAUGGGCUAUGCCAACACCCUUCGAGCAGAAACGAAGUACAGUCUCUCGUCAGCCCUGGACCUCCAUGGCAGCGAUUUCAGCUGGGCCGUAUCAAUCACGUUUUUCGCUGUGACGGUGCUUCUCGUGCCCUCAAACUUGUUGAUGAAACGAGUGUCGGGAAAGUACUUCUUUCCCGUCGCCAUACUCCUUCUGGGAGUAAUUGUGGCAUCGAUGUCAGCGGUCAAAAGUUAUGGUGGUAUUCUGGCAGCACGCUUCUUCCUUGGUGUCCCAGAAGCUGCAAUUCCGUCAGCGUGUAUCAUGUACUUUGCAUUCUGGUACAAGCCAUCUGAGAGGGCUCUCCGUGUCGGUAUCUUCGAAGCAUCGAAUGCACUUGCAACGGCAGUCGGUGGCUUCAUCUCUAUCGGCGUGGAUAGUCUGAACGGAAAGGGUGGCAUGGAUUCGUGGAGAUGGCUGUUCCUCAUCGAAGGCCUCAUAGCCAUUGGUAUUGCGUUCCCGAUUGCAUGGCUACUGCUCACUUAUCCAGAGACAUCGAAAGCUCUCACAGAACGCGAACGCCACAUCGCAAUCAAUCGAUUCGGGCGCGGUACUCCUCGAUCCACAGACGCAACCUGGGACACAUCCUCCUUCAAAUAG